AUGUUCCUACGAGUAGCGUCAUGGCUAUGGCUGCUGAGCGGCCUCUUGCUCUGCCUCCCCCGUCAGGCAAAUGGCCAAUGGGUGCGAAAUGCCUGGAUUAGGAAAUACCGAUGCGACGGCCACUCUUGGACGCACGUAACGUUCGGUACCACGCCUUUCUGGAUCGACAGCUUGCGCGGUCAACUUGACACCGUCAACGGCUCAACCCAACUUUCAUUGUCGAUAUUGGCGGUGCACGACACGGCACUGUUUGGUUGCGAUGAGCUGGAUCUGACGGCUCUUGAGCGCUCCCUGCAACUCAAGGUUCUGGGCAAAUAUACUGGGCAGAUCGUGCGUCUUAAGAGCACAUGUCCGUUGCCAAUCACCCCCGACCUUACUCCACACGUAGAGGGGCAUCGCUUCUCUACUUUUCAGGUUGACUACCAGCUAGAGCACGGCCACAAGCUCCAGACUCUCGCUGCAGAAUACGACUUCCGCAAAGUAAAUGGGCAGGAGCUUGACUGUGCCGCUGCAAAAGUUACACCAUACAUCGGCACUCCGUACGCUGUUGCAUUCAAUCUGGUUCCUGCCGGAGUCAUGGCUCUUGUUGGAGCAGCCGCCUGGCAAACACAUGCCGCCGAACUAGGAGUCGACCACUUUGUGGACUUUUCUUCCGCCUUGGUCAGCCACCAAGGCCCAGUCUGGGACACCAUAAUGGACAUAGGUGUCUACCUGCGCUAUCUCCAAUUCGCAUUUCUAUCGUCGUCACUCUCCAUCGAAUACCCAGGCUUCCUGCCGCCGAUCGCCAGCAACCUCGCCUGGUCUUCGCUCAUGUUUUGGAGAGGCCCGUACGAUGGAGGCCUUACAUGGCCCGGGGUGGAACAAGGCAUCUACGUCAGCAAUGCGACGUUUGGAAUGGAUUACAUGGUCCGGAUGCUUGGAUUUCCCCGCAUAAUGGAUUUCAUGUUUGAUGCAUUUCUGAACCUCGUCAUACUCAUGGGAGCAUUGCUGGCUAUUCUUGGCGCUGUCCAUAUGCUCGCAUCAAGGUGGAACCCAGAGAUGUCGUCGAGAGGCGUGCACACUCCAAAAUUGGCUUAUAUGAGUGCAGAAGUGUGCUUGUCACUCUUCAGCAUGCCACUUCUGGCAUACAUGAGCAAUGAUCUGAUGCUGAUGGGGUACCUGCCCAAGUACCGUGUCGGUUUAGUCGCUCUGACGAUACUGGUGCUUCUUUACGUUCAUUACAUCAUCACGAGGCCAUUCCUCCAUUCCCAGCGUUCAACCGAACUCUCCAACGAAUUUCAAUACACAUCUAAGCAAACAAUUAGCAUCCGAGGAGCACUGAAGUCUCUCUUAUCAUACAUACCUCACUUUAUGCCCCUUCUUCAGGCCAUUGCCGUCGGUGCUCUGCAGAGCUGGGGCUAUGUGCAGACAAUUGUACUUUUCGCCGCCGAGGCUGCUAUCCUUCCCAUCGCGCAUAAACCUCGACGAUUUGAGUACCUCUGUUGCGAUACGUGA